CAGGAGCGUGUGCUGCUACUUUCUCUUCUGUCUUUCUUCCCUGUGUCAUGUUUGUGUCUUUUUGUCCUUAUCUUGGUCUCUCUGCUUCUAUUCCCACCUUCUUCACCGUGUGUCUCUCCUUUCUCUGCCUCUCUCUCUCUCUCUCUCUCUCUCUCUCUCUCUCUCUCUCACACACACACACACACACACACACACACACACACGCACACACGCACGCACACGCUCCCUUUCUCCGUCUCUCUAUCUCUGCGCCUCUCUCGCCCUCACUUUCUCCCUCCUGCCCGCUCUCCGCUCCGUGCUCCUGGGCUGCCCCCACCGCCGCUGGUUCAGGGGAACGUGUGCGGAGCGAUUGUCCUGGGGGACAUUUGAUGGAUUAGAGCGCUGAACAGUUCCAUUGCUGGGGGACCACCUGAUCUCCUCCAGCCUGCGUCCCAUAUAAAGCCGGCAGCCGGAGUGCUGAGCACAGCUCCAGCAAUUGCCUGUCUGCGCGCUGCCGCCGCCGCCGCCGCUGAACCAACCCGAGCGGGAGCCGGAGCCCGGCCGGGGCCGCCACCGCCGGCCCGCCCGCUGGGAGCUGUCCAGUGCUGAAACCCCUCGCGGACAGCCAAUCGCGCCCCGCGGGUCGCCUCCCCGCAGCCCGGCUCUGCGCAAGCACCCCGCGGAGCUCCCCGCCGGUCGCACCAUGCCGCGCUCCUUCUUGGUAAAGAAGAUCAAAGGCGACGGCUUCCAGUGCAGCGGGGUGCCGGCGCCCACCUACCACCCCUUGGAGACCGCUUACGUGCUGCCUGGCGUCCGGGGGCCACCCGGGGACAACGGUUAUGUCCCGCACUGCCUGCCUCCGAGCAGCUACGAUGCCGACCAGAAGCCCGGCCUGGAACUGGCGCCUGCAGAGCCCGUGUACCCGCCGGCGGCGUCGGAGGAGUACAGUGACCCCGAGAGCCCACAGUCCAGCCUGUCGGCGCGCUACUUCCGCGGGGAGGCGGCGGUGACCGACAGCUACUCCAUGGACGCCUUUUUCAUCUCUGACGGGCGCUCGCGGCGGCGGCGGGGCGGGGCCGGCGGGGACGCGGCUGGCGCGGGGGACGCGGGGGGCGCCGGGGAGCGGGCGGGGCGCGCGGGGGCGCCCGCGGGCAGCGGGCACCGGCAUGCGUGCGCCGAGUGCGGCAAGACGUACGCCACGUCGUCGAACCUGAGCCGCCACAAGCAGACGCACCGCAGCCUGGACAGCCAGCUGGCGCGCAAGUGCCCGACGUGCGGCAAGGCCUAUGUGUCCAUGCCCGCGCUCGCCAUGCACGUGCUCACGCACAACCUGCGCCACAAGUGCGGCGUGUGCGGCAAAGCCUUCUCGCGACCCUGGCUGCUGCAGGGCCACAUGCGCUCGCACACGGGCGAGAAGCCCUUCGGCUGCGCGCACUGCGGCAAGGCUUUCGCCGAUCGCUCCAACCUGCGCGCGCAUAUGCAGACGCACUCGGCCUUCAAGCACUACCGCUGCCGCCAGUGCGACAAGACCUUCGCGCUCAAGUCCUACCUCCACAAGCACUGCGAGGCCGCCUGCGUCAAGGGCGCCGAGCCGCCCCCGCCGCCCCACGCCGGCCCGGCCAGCUGAGCCCCUCACCACUGCCUCCUGCGCCUGCAGCGCCCUCUCCAGCCCCCAGCUGCGUUUCUCUGCCCACGCCUACGGGGUCUCCCUGUCCUGGUCCUCAACGUUAUUCUCCAGCCCGUAACUUCCAGUACUGUCUUCCUGCCCCCUCAUACCCCCUUCCCCACCGCACACCCCACUCAUGUCCUUCCCAGCUACCACUCGGACCUUUACCCACCCCAACUCAGGCACCAGGUCCGCACCGCACCUUUCCCUCUCGGGCACCAGAGCGUGCCUAGACCCUGCACCGCCCUCCUAACCUUCAGACCUUUCUUCUCACUUCUCAGCGGAACCUCUGACCAUUCCUCAACCAAUUACCAGUCUGAGAUCCAAACUAACCCUCAAAGUCUAUGACUGCCUCGGUUUCCCUGUUCACCUGGACGUAGUCCCUGCAGGACUGCCAAUCCCAAGCCUUCCCUCAGGCCACUCUGCUGAAUCUCUGUUCUUAGCAUCCCCAGUCUGCCCCGUGCCCUCCAUGCUCAGGCCUUAGGUCCAACUGCACACACACACACACACACACACCAGUUCUCACCCACUUAGCUUUGAGGACCUCAUUGCCCAUUCCCACUCCCUGCUGCUCCAGGCCCCCUCAGCGCUCUAGCACCUCUCUGCGUUUACCUGACCUAGAGCAGAUCUGAGGGGUAGUUCAGGACCCAGACCCCUACCAUAAAGCCCUCACUCCAAGACAACCCUUCCCUGGACUCCCAGCCUGACGCUGCCCUCCCUCACCCAAUUCUCUGAGCACUUUUCCCCGUUCCCAGGACUACAGGUACCCCUCCUUAUUUGCUGGGGGAGGCCUGGAGCACCAGACCAAGGCCUGUCCCGUUAUCCAGCCAGGCCCCAAUUAUUUAUUUGUGUAUUUAUUUAUUUAUUUAUUUAUUGUUCUGUUUAAUCUCACCCAGGGACAGUCUGGUUCCCCAGCUGGACUGGGAGGUCAGGGAGCCAGGCAAGGAGAGGGGCAGCAAUGGCCAUAGUAAGCUGCCUCCUCUCCACUUUCUUGGUCUUGGGAGAAGCCCCGCCCUCGUCAGCGCUGGGUGCAGCAGGGGCUCUGAGAACGGACAGGGAGGGGCCGCCAGGAGGUUCUACAGUGGGGCAGGUCCCCACCCUCCUGAGCCCUCUGGUCCUGCUCCAGGGAGUCUGGAGACAGGAGCCUCCGCAUUUAUUUAUUUCUUCCCCUUCCCGAGGCACCCCAGGUUCCGGGGACCGACUGAGCCCCGGACCCCGCUGGGGCCUCAGACCCGCUCCCGGGAGGAGCGCUCUCUCCCGGCCAAGUCUAUGCAACUCUCCCGGACAGAGGGGCGGGAGCUGCCAGUCACCCGCCCGUUGGCCGCCACUACCUCCUCCGCCGCGCUUUUCGCAUGCCCGGGUGAGGACCGAAGCACACACCUCCACGCGCAGGGGCCCUGGUCCCUCUGCUUUAAGCACACGCCUCUGCCCCCAGCGCUGGGCGCCCUCCCUGCGGUGGCGGGCAGAGUCCUGGUCUCUCCGACCAGCUUCCCCUCCCCCAGCCGCCGGAGCGGUUGGAGGUGGAGGAAUCCCUGUAGCAGGGGUCCUUUAGGAGUUCAGAGGGGUGUGCAGAGCUUGGUCCAGCUCUGGGCCCACCACAAAGGGAGGCUGCAGGGAUGGUGGGAGAGAGGGGUCGUGGAAGCAAUUAUGGAGGGUGUCGGCCCUGUAAAUAGGAACUUCUGACAGCAAUAAUUUUCCAUGCAUGCUAAGCCUUUUGGCCAUAUUUUGUAUGAGCGCUUGGCGCUCCCCUGCCUCCUCUUCCCCCAGCCCACCCCGUCCCCAUCCCUUUCUCACCUUCAGCAGUAUGACUUGUAACGCAAUUCAGGGAUAUUAAAGGGACUUUGGCCACUCA